UGUUCCACCUCGGGCUAUAAGAAGGCGGAUGAUGAGAUGUCCGGAGCCACGUCCGCGGCGGAUCUGGACGAGGCACCAGCCCGCACCAUUUACUUGAACCAGCCCCAACAGAGCAAGUUCCGCGACAACUGGGUCAGCACAGCCAAGUACAGCGUGGUGACAUUUCUACCUCGAUUCCUGUAUGAGCAGAUAAGAAAAGCUGCAAAUGCAUUCUUCCUCUUCAUUGCCUUACUGCAGCAAAUUCCAGAUGUCUCUCCAACAGGAAGAUAUACCACCUUGGUGCCAUUGCUAUUUAUUUUAACAGUUGCUGGCAUCAAAGAAAUCAUAGAAGACUAUAAAAGGCAUAAGGCAGACAGUGCAGUGAAUAAAAAGAAAACAGUAGUUCUAAGAAAUGGGAUGUGGCAGAACAUUAUGUGGAAAGAGGUAGCAGUAGGCGAUAUUGUGAAGGUCACCAAUGGGCAGCAUCUUCCAGCAGACAUGAUCAUAAUAUCUACCAGUGAACCACAAGCCAUGUGCUAUAUUGAAACAGCUAAUCUCGAUGGGGAGACGAAUCUUAAAAUACGACAGGGUUUGUCUCAAACUGCUAGUCUCCAGUCCAGGGAAGAAUUGAUGAAAGUGUCUGGGAGGAUAGAAUGUGAAGGACCCAACCGGCAUCUCUAUGACUUCACUGGGAAUUUGCGCUUAGAUGGUCAAAGCCCAGUUCCUGUUGGCCCAGACCAGAUCUUGCUGAGAGGUGCACAACUGAGAAACACUCAGUGGGUCUUGGGUAUUGUUGUGUAUACAGGACAUGAUACAAAACUCAUGCAGAAUUCAACCAAAGCACCUCUGAAGAGAUCAAAUGUGGAGAAAGUGACCAACAUGCAGAUCCUGGUUUUGUUCUGUAUUCUCCUGGUAAUGGCCCUUGUGAGUUCUGUAGGUGCCUUAUUAUGGAACAGAACACACGGCGAAGUUGUCUGGUACCUUGGCUCCAACAAAAUGCUGUCUGUCAACUUUGGAUACAAUCUGCUGACGUUUAUAAUCUUGUACAACAACCUUAUUCCAAUCAGCCUUCUGGUGACAUUGGAAGUUGUCAAGUUCACUCAGGCUCUUUUUAUAAAUUGGGACAUAGAUAUGUAUUACCCUGAAACAGAUACACCUGCAAUGGCCAGAACCUCAAACCUUAAUGAGGAACUUGGGCAGGUAAAAUACCUGUUUUCUGAUAAAACAGGUACUCUAACAUGCAAUAUCAUGAACUUUAAGAAAUGCAGUAUUGCUGGAGUGACAUAUGGUCACUUUCCUGAGUUGGAAAGAGAACGUUCAUCAGAAGACUUCAGCCAGCUACCUCCUUCCACCAGUGAAUCGUGUGAAUUUGAUGACCCAAGACUGCUGCAAAACAUUGAAAAUGAUCAUCCCACAGCCGUGCAUAUACAGGAGUUCCUCACACUGCUGGCCGUGUGUCAUACUGUUGUUCCUGAGAGACAAGGAAAUACAAUAAUCUACCAGGCCUCCUCUCCAGAUGAAGGAGCGUUAGUGAAAGGAGCCAAAAAACUUGGUUAUGUCUUCACAGGACGGACUCCCCACUCUGUUAUCAUUGAUGCGCUGGGGAAGGAGAAAACCUUUGAAAUUCUUCAUGUCCUGGAGUUUUCCAGCAACAGGAAGAGAAUGUCAGUGAUUGUUCGAACCCCGGCAGGACAGCUACGUCUCUACUGCAAAGGGGCUGAUAAUGUAAUUUUUGAGAGGCUUUCGAAAGAUUCCCAGUAUAUGGAACAAACACUGUGCCAUCUUGAGUACUUCGCAACGGAAGGUCUGAGGACGUUGUGCAUUGCUUAUGCUGAUCUGUCAGAGAAGUCUUACAGAGAGUGGUUGAAUGUCUACAGUGAAUCCAGUACAGUUCUGAAAGACAGAACUCAGAAGCUGGAGGAGUGCUAUGAGAUUAUUGAAAAGGAUUUGCCGCUUCUUGGAGCUACAGCCAUUGAAGACCGCCUGCAAGCAGGUGUUCCAGAAACAAUAGCCACACUAAUAAAGGCAGAAAUUAAGAUAUGGAUUCUGACAGGUGACAAACAGGAAACAGCUCUCAAUAUAGGGUAUUCUUGCAGACUCAUUUCACAGAGUAUGUCUCUCAUCCUGGUCAAUGAAGAUUCACUAGAUGCAACAAGAGCUUCUCUGACUCAACAUUGUACCAGUCUGGGGGAGUCACUGGGCAAGGAAAAUGAUAUUGCCCUGAUUAUUGAUGGCCACACACUGAAGUAUGCCCUUUCAUUUGAAGUCAGGCAGAGCUUUCUGGACUUGGCACUCUCCUGUAAAGCGGUUAUUUGUUGCAGAGUAUCUCCUCUGCAGAAGUCUGAAAUAGUAGACAUGGUCAAGAAACACGUCAAUGCCAUAACACUUGCCAUUGGGGAUGGUGCCAAUGACGUAGGAAUGAUCCAGACAGCUCAUGUUGGAGUGGGGAUCAGUGGCAAUGAGGGCAUGCAGGCAACCAAUUGCUCGGAUUAUGCCAUUGCACAGUUUUCCUACUUGGAGAAGCUACUGUUGGUCCAUGGUGCUUGGAGUUACAAUCGAGUUACCAAAUGCAUACUGUACUGCUUCUACAAAAAUGUGGUUUUGUAUAUUAUUGAGCUUUGGUUUGCUUUCGUUAAUGGAUUUUCCGGGCAGAUCUUAUUUGAGCGAUGGUGCAUCGGUCUGUAUAAUGUGAUUUUCACAGCACUGCCACCCUUUACUCUGGGAAUUUUUGAACGGUCGUGUACUCAAGAUAGCAUGCUUAGAUUUCCACAGCUAUACAAAAUCACUCAAAAUGCAGAUGGUUUCAACACAAGGGUUUUCUGGGGUCACUGCAUCAAUGCCCUCAUCCAUUCCAUCAUUCUUUUCUGGUUUCCACUGAAAGUGCUGGAGCAUGAUGCAGUAUUCACGAAUGGACAGGGAGUUGACUAUUUAUUUGUUGGAAACAUAGUUUACACUUAUGUUGUAGUCACUGUUUGUCUGAAAGCCGGCUUGGAAACAACUGCAUGGACUAGAUUCAGUCACCUGGCCGUCUGGGGAAGCAUGCUGCUCUGGCUCGUGUUCUUCGGGGUGUACUCGGCCAUCUGGCCCACGUUCCCCAUCGCGCCGGACAUGCUGGGGCAGGCUGGAAUGGUGUUAAGAUGUGGAUACUUCUGGUUUGGCUUGUUUCUUGUGCCCACUGCGUGCCUUGUUAAAGACGUGGCAUGGACAGCGGCGAAGCAUACCUACCAUAAAACUUUGCUGGAGCAAGUUAAGGAGCUGGAAACGAAGACAAGAGAACUGGGAAAAGCCAUGCUUCGUGAUAGUAAUGGAAAGAGCGUGAACGAACGUGACCAUUUGUUAAAAAGGCUCGGCAGGAAAACUCCUCCGAGCCUUUUCCGUGCUCAUUCUGUCCAGCAAAGCGUGUCACAUGGGUAUGCAUUUUCUCAAGAAGAACACGGUGUUGUUUCCCAGUCACAAGUUGUUCGAUCCUACGAUACAACCAAAAGAAGAACAGAAAUAGAAUAAAUUAUUCUUUACUUGAUGUGUGGUGGGAAUAAUGGGAUUUGGAUCAAUGCAUCCACUGUUAACACAUUCAUGACUAGGUCUGCCAGCAGCAGCCAAAACACCAGAGAACUCAUUUCUGUGGCCUUAGCCAAGAAGUUUCUGUAUUCUCCCUGCAAACCUUGAGUGCAUAUUGUGGGGGGGAAAUCAU